AUGAAGACCGCAAACCACACAGAGGUAAGAGAAUUUGUUUUCCAAGAUUUCUCCAAUUUUCAAGAAUAUCAGCUCACACUCUUUGUGGUCUUUCUCGCCCUGUGCAUCCUAACUUUGGCUGGCAAUGUCAUCAUUGUGACUAUCAUUCGUAUCGACCGUCAUCUUCACACCUCCAUGUACUUCUUUUUAGGUGUCCUCUCUACUUCAGAGACGUUUUACUCCCUAGUCAUUAUCCCACGCAUGCUUUCCAGCCUCGUAGGCUUGAGCCAAUCCAUCUCCCUGGAGGGAUGUGGGACUCAGCUCUUUUUUUUCCUUGGCUUUGCUAUCACCAACUGCCUCCUGCUGGCAGUAAUGGGGUAUGAUAACUAUGUGGCCAUCUGCAACCCACUUCGCUACUUAGUCAUCACGAAUUGGAGGGUCUGUGCCAUGCUGGCAUCCUCUGUCUGUGCCGCAGGAGGGUUCUCGCUUUCACUGGUUCAAGCUGUGGCCAUUCUCAGACUACCCUUUUGCAACUCACUGACUGAACAUUUUUUCUGUGAUGUUCGACCUCUAUUGGACCUGGCCUGUGACCCAGUCAUCAAUGAUAUUCUGACCUUAAUUAUCAGCUUCAUGGCCAUCACAGCUCCUGCCACCUUCCUCUUCAUCUCCUAUGUCCUCAUUAUUUCCACCAUUCUCAAGAUUGUCUCAGCUGAAGGCCGGAAGAAGACCUUUGCCACCUGUGCCUCCCACCUCACUGUGGUCAUUAUUCAGUAUGGCUGUGCCUCCAUUGCCUACUUCGAGCCUAAGUCAGAGAACAAAGAUCAGGAUCAAUUAAUCUCAGUAACCUACACCAUCAUAACACCUUUACUAAACCCUGUUGUGUACAGUCUGAGAAAUAAAGAAGUCCAGGAUGCUCUACGGAAAGUGGUGUGUAGGAAAUCCCUUUAUACCAUUUAUGAUUUAAUGAAGAAAGAGAAUCACACUUUGGUAAGUGAGUUUAUUUUUCAAGGUUUCUCCAGCUUCCAUGAGCACCAGCUCACCCUUUUUGUUGUGUUCCUUGCAUUGUACCUAUUCACCCUGGCAGGCAAUAUUAUCAUUGUGACCAUCAUUGGCCUUGAUCACCACCUCCACACCCCCAUGUACUUCUUCCUCAGCAUGCUGGCAGUUUCAGAGACUGUGUACACACUUGUCAUUAUACCAAGGAUGCUCUUUAACCUCUUAGGCCUGAUUCAGCCAAUUUCAUUGGCAGGUUGUGCCACUCAGAUGUUCUUCUUCAUCACUUUGGCCAUCAAUAACUGCUUCCUGCUCACGGCAAUGGGGUAUGACCGCUAUGUGGCUAUUUGCAACCCCUUGAGGUACUCAGUCAUCAUGAGCAAGAGGCUGUGCGUCCAGCUGGUGUGGGGGGCCUGCAGCAUUGGCCUGACUGUAGCGAUGACCCAGGUGUCCACUGUGUUCAGGCUGCCCUUCUGUACCACAAAGGUGGCCCACUUCUUCUGUGACAUCCGGCCUGUGAUGAAGCUGUCCUGCAUUGACACCACCGUCAAUGAGAUCCUGACUUUGGUCAUCAGUGUGCUGGUGAUCCUGAUUCCCAUGGGCUUGCUUUUCAUUUCCUACAUCCUCAUCAUCUCCACCAUCCUCAAGAUGGCCUCUGCUCAGGGCAGGAAGAAGGCCUUUGCCACCUGUGCUUCUCAUAUCACUGUGGUCAUUGUCCACUAUGGCUGUGCCUCCAUCGCCUACCUCAAACCCAAGUCAGAGAACACCAGGGAUCAGAACCAGCUGAUCUCUGUUACCUACACUGUCAUCACUCCCCUUCUGAACACUGUGGUGUACACCCUGAGGAACAAAGAGGUCAAAAACGCUCUGUGCAGGGCUAUAGGCCAAAAACUCUCCUGA